GAUAUUAAUAAUAAAUCUCACUCACACAGUCAUAUCUUAUUUAUUAUAUCUGAUCAGAUAAUUGUUGGCCCGCUGUGCGAUAGGUAGUGUUUCCUAGUAAUUAUACUGUGUGUUCUUUUUUGAAACAGAUAUAAAAUUCAUCUCUUUACUUCUUGUGCAUGUGGUUAAGGUUGUCAGUCUCCGGAGCAAGGUUUGGUUCCCUCCUGAGUGUCUACCGGUCCGGGGUAAACGCAAGGCUUCUCUCCACUACCAUCAUGGACAACCACACCAAUUUCUUCUUUAGACAGUUGUUCGACACAGUGAGCAGCACCUACACCUACCUGCUCGGGGACACGAGCUCUAAAGAGGCCGUGCUCAUCGACCCCGUGUUGGAGCAUGCGGAGAGGGACGCGGCACUCAUACAGCAACUCGGCUUCAAGCUGAUAUAUGCUAUGAACACACACAUGCACGCUGACCAUAUAACUGGCACGGGCAAGCUCAAGUCCCUACUGCCGGGCAGCCAGAGCGUCAUCAGCAGAGCUAGCGGGGCGAAGGCCGAUGUGUACUUGGACGACGGGGCGGUGGUGAAGUUCGGACAACACGAGCUGCUCGCUACAGCCACCCCGGGGCACACUGAUGGCUGCAUCACAUAUAUUUGUCAUAAGCAGGGCAUAGCGUUCACAGGCGACACCCUCCUCAUCCGUGGCUGCGGUCGCACGGACUUCCAGCAAGGAUCACCCGAGCGCCUCUACCAGUCCAUCUACUCCAAGAUAUUCACGCUACCAGACAACUACACUUUAUACCCGGCUCACGACUACAAGGGACUAACUGCGACUACUGUGGCUGAGGAGAAGAAAUAUAAUCCGAGAUUGACGAAGUCUUUGGAGGAAUUCGUGGAGAUAAUGAAGAAUUUGAACUUGCCGUACCCGAAAAUGAUUGACAAAGCGGUGCCGGCAAACAAAGUAUGUGGACUCUACUGAAGAUGAUUUUGGAUGGUAGCCCAAUUUAUUAUUAUACUUGCAUAGUCCUAGGCAUAAUUAAGUCUUAAUCGUAUUUAAAAUACAAUUGUCAUGACUACAGUUAUCCACAUAAAAGUAAUCGUAUUCUUUUUGAAAAAAACUAAAUAAUUUCGUCAGGAAUUUAACUGAUAACUUUAUUAAUUUUAUGUAAAUAAUACGUACCUAUAUUAUCUUUUUGUUGAUGAGAUUUUAAUGAAUUAAGAUAUAAAAUAGUAGCCUGUGAUAAAAUUAUUUAUAAAGUAUGUGCACAGAAACAGUAAUACUAGAACAAAUAAGUAUAUUUUUAUAUUAAGUAUAUUAUAUUUCACGUUAUUUGUAAAUAAAAGUUGGGACUUUAUCGUU